UCGACUUUCCCAAAAGUCGUUGUCAUUUAGAGUUAUUGCCCUUGCAUUUAGCUCUUCAAUUAUAACGAUAGCGCUUCCGGUGAGUAAAUUGCCGUGACUUGACGUUACUGAAAUGGGGAAGCAAUACUGCUGCAUAUGUAAAAAUCACCGGGGUAAACAACUCGGUUCCCGGACGAUAUCCCUCCAUUCUGUCCCACUGAGGAAGGAUUUAAGACAAGCAUGGCUUCGCCGAUUACGACUUGUGAGAAAAGAUUUUUCUUUUAGUAAACACACUAGGGUGUGCUCUGAUCAUUUUGAGGGAUUGGCGGGACCUUCCUCAGAGAUCACCAUACCAUCACUUUUCCCGAACAAGAGUUUCAGCAGUAGUUCAAAUCUAACCAAGAAAAACACUAAUUUGAACAGAUAACUGAUGGAACUGACAUGGCUCUGACAGCUGUCAAAGAGGAAGAUGGUGCAGCCAACACCAAUGAUGGUGAAGACAACCAAACAACCAUUCAUCAAAAUGAAAGGUCUUUUGACAAGCUUUCUGUGUUCUUGCAUGACUACUGUGGGCCCAUACCAGAGAACACUAUUUCAUCACAAAGAAAUGCAUCCUGUCAGACUGCAUCCGUACAGAAGUGUUCCACUUCUACUCAGACAGAUGAAGGUUUCUUUCAAGCCAUCUCUAGUCAGGGCAAGCCAUCAGCACCACAGCAGACCAGUGCCUGUACACAAACAGACUUCACUCAGACUUGUGAGCAAAGUACACAGGUGUUGCUACCAUCACUCACAUUUGCAGAUAUAAAGACAGAUCCUGAGCUAGUUAACUUUUACACAGGAUUAGGAGAUGGAAAUACAUUUUCAUGUAUUUUUGACGAAUUGUCUGAAGCUUAUGAGAGAGAUUAUCCAUCAUCAAAGUUUGGAAGACCAAACUCAUUGUCACUAAUAGAUCAGUUUUUUAUGUUAUUGAUGAGACUUCGACUUGGGCUUUUAGUUGUAGAUAUAGCUAACCGUUUCCAUGUUUCCAGAACAACCUGUGCUCGGACAAUUAACAGAUGGAUUGAUCUCAUGUACAAAAAUCUGUCAUUUCUGAUUUCCUGGCCAAAACGAGACAUUAUUGAUGCUACUAUGCCAAAAGGAUUCAAGGAUAUAUACCCACAAACACGGGUUGUAAUAGAUUGCACAGAAAUAUUCAUUGAGAAGCCUUAUUCAGUAGCAAGACAAUCACAGAUGUAUAGUCACUAUAAAAGCCAUAUUACAUUAAAAGGUUUAAUUGGCAUUACUCCUAAUGGUGUAGUCAGUUUUGUGUCAGAUUUAUGGUCUGGAGCUAUAAGUGACAGACAGAUUACUAUAGAAUCAGGUAUAUUAAACUUGUGUGAGUUUGGAGAUGCAGUAAUGGCUGAUAAAGGAUUUCUAAUAUCUGACUUAACUACCCCUAAAGGAUUACACUUAAUCAUCCCUCCAUUAAAACGUAAAAGAAAGCAAUUGACAUUGGAAGAAAUUCAGAAAACUAGACGAAUUGCAAAUUUGAGAAUCCAUGUAGAGAGACACAUGGAAAGAGUAAAAAAUUUCAGAAUAUUACAAGGUAUCAUUCCCAUAACUAUUUCCAAUUCUGUGAACAAAAUAUGGAAAAUCUGCAAUGCAUUGACAACAUUACUACCACCUUUGUACCCCCAUAACCAGGAUUCUGAUACAAUUGAUGUACAUGUGUUUGAUGAAAAUGCUUGAUUAUUUGCAAGAUAAGGUGUUUAUUAUGAAUACUGGGAUUAUCAUUGAUAGUGUAAUCAAUCUAGUCUGAGAUGAUAUUUUUCAUUCCCAAGAAAUGACUGAAUGCUUGCUUUUCAUGGGGUGGUGGGUAACCUAGAAGUUAAAGUGUUUUCUCGUCACGCCGAAGACCCCCCUGGUUUCGGGUCCCCACAUGGGUAGCCCAUUAAUGGUGUUCCCUGCUGUGAAUUUUGCUGGAAUAUUGCUAAAAGCUGUGUAAAACUAAACUCACUCAUUUUUCUUAAUGUUGGGAUAACUGAACUCUUUCAGUAAUAAUAAUCUAUCUUAUUUCCAAGAAGCUCAUGUAAAAGUAACUUCUGAUCAUCUUUAAUUAUGUUAAUUGUACAAAUGACAUAUAGUUGUAUUUACUGAAAUGUUUUAUUUAUGUACAAAUUGAGGCAGAACAAUGUACAAGUGGUGCACAUUAUGACAAGUUUCAUCAUUCAUAAACAAUGUACAAAUGUACGACCAAAUAUCAUCAAAGGCCUUUAAUAAAGGCUUUAUACUCCAACAAAUGUUAAAAGAAAUAAAUUCAUACAUCAAUUUA